AUUCUCUCUCCUUCUACUGGCUUCUGGUAGUAUCUGUGUUGCUUGUUAGACACACCCCGCUUGGAGACUGAGCUGCCGUGAACAUGCCCGGCUAUCCCGACGACCCGCCCGUCUCGAGGUCAAAGGACCACCGCCACGAUCACUACCCUCCGGACUACGCAGACGAAGGCAUCUAUCGUCGACCAUCGACAAAGUCACGGGCCCCGGCAUACGAUGAACCACGAACGAUUCCCCGGCACAGGAGAAAAGAUGCCUACGACGCAAGCGACGACGAUGCAGACGACGACUACGUGCCGCGGCGGAGACCUCGAGACGAUCGAUCGUCGCCGAGGACACAUGUAGGAUCAUCAGACAUUCCGCCGCCGCCGAUCGGUGAGGACAGGAGGGAAUAUACCACCAGUGCUCGUCGACAUCGUGGUGGUGGUGGUGGAGAAGACUCGCAUGGCUCUCAUCACAGCGCUGCUCCACCCGUUCGUGAUCCUGAGGCUGUUGAUCGCGACGACGCACGACCGACGCACCGUAGACCACGCCGGGGCGGCAGAAGUCCCUAUGAUGACGAUGAGCAGCAGCCAGAGGUUGAAGAACCUGUAGCACGAAAGAGCAGCAGAAGCCACCACCGAUCCCGAGACGAACAUGACGACUUCCCACCUCCUCACCGCUCCAAGGCACGCGAUGGGGAUCCCCCACCACGUCGCAAGGACUCCUAUACAGACUCGCCUCGGCAUCGUAGUAGUCGUCGCGCAGCUCCUGCUGUACAGGAUGAUGGUGGAGACAGUGAUGACUACGCUCCACCACCUCGUCGCCGCCGAGAAGACAGAGACAGGCGUCGCCACGAAGAUGGUUACGGCACCGACCGACCACGCCGCGUCGCCAAAGACGACCACGCAUAUGACCGAGGAUAUCGCACUGAUGGACGAGAUGCCAGACGUCCUGCGAAGAAGCACCAUGACGAUCGUAGUAGUAGACGAGACGGAGGAGGACAUAGCAGGCGAGAUCGAUAUGCUGACGACGACGAUUACUAUGACGAUUAUCGUAAUAAUGGCCAUCAUCACCAUCGCGGCAGCGGCGGCAAGUCACGCUCGGGGGGAAAGCAUGGAGGAAUCGAUGUGGACAAUCUCAUGCAGAAGAGUCAGAAGAAUUGGCAAAAGGUGGCGCCGGUGGCGAAGCCGUUGUUGGCACAAUUGGCGAAUACGUAUCUGAAUAAUGGGAAACAAGGGGGAGGGGUGCCUCAUUGAAUGCAAUGGGAUGAAAUGAAAUGAAAUCAAGACAGAAAGAAAGAGAGAUCAACAGUACGGUACCUUACUGCAGGAGGAAUGACCAACUGCAUUACCUAUGUAUGGAGAGGAGAGGCUAGACGUUGGUUGCUGCUAGGUAGGGUUCCCCAGAAUGUAC